CACCAAGCUUUUGUGAUCUCUUCAUUGAGUUUAUCUUUUCAGUCCUGUCUGCUUGCUGUAGCAUCUGCAAUGGACACUUCCAAUAUCCUUGGAGGCAAUGAAGAGGAACAUGACAGCAGUGAGUCAGGAUGGACUGCAUAUAUUGGCUCCCCCACACCUGAAAAUCUUCCAUCUGAUGAACAGGAAGACAUCUACAGCAACAAAAACAAGUGUAGCAUUAAUAAAUAUAACAACGAUGAUGUUGAGGAGAGUGAUGAUUCAAUGGCUUCAGAUGCCUCUUCCGGACAAAGUCAUCGCAAGCUUCCAUACAAAAACAGUAAGCGUGGAGGGAGGGAUCGUUACCAGCGGGUAGCUACUAAGUAUUCCUCUGAAGAAAAACUGCACAAGCAGGUAGUCAAAGACCAAAGAAAAAGCAAGACAGAAAAGAAGUCAGUGCUGAAAGCAAAGGGCGCUACUAGUCAUGUUUCAAAGUGGAGCUAAGGUGAGGAUGAGCCAGGUAGGGUAGGCCUUUCCCAUAUUUUCCAAUUCUCCUAGAAUGUGUUGCAGAAAUACAUUCCAAGAAAAUGACAGCACAUCAAAUCUAUGAUUCUGAAAUUUCAGUGUGAAUGUGGUGGUGAAAUAGUGCAUGACUGGAUGGUGUGAAUAUUUCAUGGAUGAAUAUGUCUAAAUGUAUUUUAUGGGUUCAACGAUGUAUCAGCAGAUGAGCUCUAUCACUCUCGUUAGUAUUACUAUUUUCUGCAAAACAAAAAGUGUUCCGAAUG